UGAGUGCGCGUGUGUCCCUGAGUGAGUUGGGAGGAGUGAAAACGCGUUUAAACUGUCCAAACUUUUUCCUCUUCAUUCCCUUUUCUCUCCAUCACUGAACACUUCUUCCUCCAUCUGUCUCUCUCUGUCUCCUUCAGUCUCUGUCUGUAUUCCGGGUUUAUUGUGUUUCUCAGUAAGAUGAUGAGUUUGGUGAGUUUGGUGUUGGUGUGUGUAGGAGUGACGGAGAUGCAGCGCGUGAGGAACACGUGGAGCCCCACAGACACCCCAUCGCAUGACCCCGUGGCUGUCUCCCCGACUGUACUAAGCGCUACUUCAGGAUUAACAUAUGAUACCGGUGUGUAUGGCGAGUCUGCGAUCAUGGCCCCUGGCGGUCAGCACAGGAGGAUGGCUCGUAGCUCUAAAGACAAGGGAUUGAAGCAGAGGGCGGAGCAUCACAAGCACCCUCACCCGAGGCCCUUUGACCCGGACAGUUAUUUCACCACACCGAGGGUUUUUAACGGCUCUCUGCUGGUGCAUAACCCACUGUACCCAGUGACUGGCGAUUCAUACGGAGCAUACAUUGUAAUGCUGUUAGCAUUGGUGGUGUUCGCUGUGGGAGUGGUUGCUAACCUGGCUGUCACAUGUGCCGUGUGGCACAACCACUACCAGCAGAAUGCUCGCACCUGUGUCCUGGCAAGUUUGGCGCUCUGGGACCUCACUGUCAUCAUCUUCUGCCUACCGGUCGUCAUUUUUCACGAGCUCACCAAAAGAAGACUAAUGGGAGAUGUGUCCUGCCGCCUCGUGCCCUUUAUAGAGGUGACGUCUCUGGGUGUAAACACCUUCAGUCUCUGUGCUCUGAGUGUUGAUCGCUUCCAGACAUUAACAAGCACCUCGUCCUCCUCUAAGACCCCAGAGUCAUUCGGCUCCAUCUUGUCAAAGCUAUCAGUGAUCUGGGUGGGCUCGUUGCUCCUUGCCGUCCCUGAGCUCAUGAUCUGGCGCUUGGAGACGGAGCUGUCUCAUGUCUCACGUCUGCCCGUGGACUCUUGCAUCCGUCUGCCUCUUUCUUCACCUCAUUUCUCUGAGUCGGUCUAUUCCCUCAUAAUGACGUAUCAUGAAUCACGCAUGUGGUGGCUCUUUGGCUGCUUCUUCUGCCUGCCUUUGCUCUUCUCAUUCUCAUGCCAUCUUCUGAUGAGUCAGAUUUCUGACAGCACCACCAGCAUGUCUGCUUCCUGUUCUGCAUCCUCAUCUUCCUCCUUGUCAAAGAAGCUUGUGAUGGUGCUGGCCAUAGUUUAUGGCGUGUUCUGUUUUCCCGAGCAUGCCUGGAACAUCGGGCUCACCUACGCUGGAGUAGCAGUAGACAGAGGCACUCUGGCACUGUUGGCUCUGAUUGGUCAGUUCCUGAUGUUUGUCAGGGCCUCAGCCACACCUAUUUUGAUCCUCAGUUUGUGUCGAACGUUGGGACAGAGCUUUGUGGACUGUUGCUGUUGCUGCUGUGAAGAAUGUCUACCCAGUAAACCUUCAUCACUGUCACUGGCCUCAUCAACAUCAUCUUCUUCUUCACCAGUUUUGGAAAAAGAAAAGAAGCUGCAGAUGGAACUUGAGAAGAAAAUCAGAGAGAACUCAGUGGAGAUGGCUAUCGGAACUCCAUGCUGAGAUAUGUGAAAGAUCAGCCAUGUUCAUCUCACUGUCUUCAUAACUCCCACACUCAUACACUCUCUACUCCUGAAUAGAACACAGCUGGACACUGACUCCGCCCACUUUCUCAGUGAAUAGCUAACGGGGCAGCGUUAAUAAUCCAGCAUAAAGAAACGAUGUUCCCUGUUGUGGACAUUGUGGACAGGUUUAAACAGAGACACACUGCUAUACAGAGCCACAGCUACCAUUGUACAGUCUAACAGCAUCAACACUAAUCACCUUCAUAACAUAGUAUUUUACGUUAUCAUGUCCCAUCACGUGUAUUUCUUCUCUAAGCAACUAAGUAGCACCUCGAGUCCUGAGGAAUUUAACCUUGCUGGAUGAGCUGGUUCACCAUUAGGCUUUAGGGACAGGGAGUGUGCAGCGUUUGUAGAUUCUCAGGUUGUGUGAUUGUGCUGUAAUUAGAACCAAUCAAGAAAUGGAGAGAAGCUUCCUAGAGAGAGCAGGUACUUUUAGACAGUUUUUUUAGGACAUUAGAACACAAACGGGUCUCUCAUGGGCUUUUUUUAUUAUUUAGUGUUCUGUGCCGUCUACAAGUGUUCUGUCCUGUGUUAGAAGGACAGCUCAAGGUCACUGAAGGACUGCGUGUAGUGUAUAAGUGUGUGUGGUGUAAGUAAAGGAAGUGUGUGUGUGUGUGUGUGAGGGUUUGUGAGUUCAUGGCUGAAAUGGUUGUGCUGGUUGUUACUUUCAGUGUCAAUAAUCAGGUGUGUUGUAUAACUUCAUUCUAUAUUGAUCUCAAAAUCCACAUUAAAGCCACAUCAUUAGUGAUCUGAGAAUAAGAAUUACUCUGUUAGCUAAUUAGCCUAGCAUUAUCCACAUUAACACACCACCCUGUUUAUAAACUUCUAAUAAGUGUGUAAUGUUAGCAUAAACACAUAGCUGUAUGUCAUGAGAUUUGCGACACUAGCUGUUUUUAUUUAUAUGUUAAUAAUCCAGUGCUCAAUAACUUUAUUAAUAUUAGAUUAAUGCUGUUCUAUUUCAUGUUCAUGUGCUGUUAAGGAUUGGAAAAUAAAUAAAUGUAGAAACUACCAGAAUUUGACUUCCUAAUAAAAGAUCAUCUAAAAAUGCAAAAACUAUGAAUUGACAGGAGCACUAAUAACAUCACACACACACACACACACACACACACACACACACACACACACACACACACACACUACAGAGCAAUUGUGUGUAUUUUUACAGUUCUUUGGUAAAAAGCUGAACGUUAACCUGCAGGUACACACACCCAGAAAACCAGACUGUUGGAGUUGUUCUCCUCUUAAAGAUAAACAUUUCCUGUUUAAUAAGGAAAAAUUACAACAAUAAAUCAUUUUAUUUUA